AAAAGUGGGGUUAAGUACAGGGUGGUUGGAAAACGAUGCACGGAACUGCAGCACGCCAAGAAAACUGCUGCAUGUUCUGAUUAAGAUACCUGUGUGUGCGUGUGUGUGUGUUUGGUUGGGUGGACAGUAGGAAGGGACAGAUGUGUGUAGGGAGCUUUCCCAUCGGCAAGGAAGAGGAGACUGUAAAGAAAGUCACAGAAUCACCACAACAGUCACAACAUGUCGGAAGAUACACGCGUGAAAAUACAGGUUUUUCGACCCACCUGGGAGGAGUUUAAGAAUUUCCCGAAGUAUAUAGAGUAUAUCGAGUCACAAGGUGCACAUAAAGCCGGCCUAGCAAAGAUUAUUCCUCCUCCGGAAUGGGUUCCCCGCAAAGCGGGGUAUGAUUUAGAUAAUUUAAAUCUCACAAUACCGGCACCCAUCUGUCAGGUUGUAGCCGGCAAGCAAGGGCUAUAUCAACAGAUCAACAUUCAAAAGAAUCCUUUAACGGUGAAGCAAUUUUCCGAACUGGCAAACACAGAACGGUACGCCACACCGAAGCACUUCGACUUUGAGGACCUGGAGCGUAAAUACUGGAAAAACAUUACCUACGUUGCUCCCAUUUACGGUGCUGAUGUAUGUGGAAGCAUUACCGAUAAAGACUGCAAUAUCUGGAACAUCAACCAUCUCGGUACGAUUUUGGACUACGUAAAUGAAGAUUACGGAAUAUCGAUCGAUGGAGUAAACACGGCCUACCUAUACUUCGGCAUGUGGAAAACCACGUUCGCCUGGCACACCGAGGAUAUGGAUCUCUACUCGAUCAACUACCUACACUUUGGUGCACCGAAAACGUGGUACGCCGUGCCACCGGAACAUGGGCGAAAGUUGGAAAAGCUGGCCAAAGCCAGCUUCCCCGCCAGCCACAACACUUGCUCCGCCUUUUUGCGCCACAAAAUGACACUCAUCAGUCCACAAAUUCUCAAACAGCACAACAUUCCGUUCGACAAGAUAACGCAGGAAGAGAACGAAAUUAUGAUCACGUUCCCGUUCGGCUAUCACGCUGGCUUCAAUCACGGGUUUAACUGCGCCGAAUCGACCAACUUUGCGAUGCCACGAUGGAUCGAGUAUGGGAAGCGUGCGGCACAGUGUUACUGUAGCUCGGAUAUGGUAAAAAUUCUGAUGGACACGUUCGUGAAACGCUUUCAGCCGGACCGUUACGAAGCGUGGAUGGAUGGCACGGACUUUGGACCGCAUCCGGAAGAUCCGACGUGUAUGAUUGGGCCGCCGCCGAGAAUAAUGGAAGCGAAUGAUGAGAAGGACGAAGGCAUAGACGAUGAUGGCAGUGGUGGUUGUGGUGGUGCUGGCGAGCCUGAACCGAUGAAGAAGGGUUGCAAUCCUACCAUCAGCAUACGGAAGAUUUCCUUUAAAGAGAAAAAUCCCGACCUCGAUUUAACGGACAUUCAGCAGAAUCCACAUCUGCCGGACGACGUUAAGCAAGCGCUCAGCGGCAUAACGGAGGAGGAUGAAGAAUGUGAUGCAGCAGCAGCACCGGAGCAGGAAACAGCGAAAAGCUUCAAACCAUCCUCGUACGAUCCGUUUGACGACGAGGAAGAAGAGGAAGAGGAACCCACCAAAACGCCGAAACGACCGGGAAGGAAAAGAAAAAAAGUGGACAGCGAUUAUGAUGACGAUUGGUACUCGACGACACAGACCAAAUCGAAAGGUCGCAAAAGUGUAACGCCCCGCAAGCGAGACGAUGCAGCGGAGGAAGCACGCAAAGCAAACAACCGCCGCGAGCAGCUGGAAGCAAAAAAGAAGGAAAGAGAAGCGAAAAAAGAGCAACGACAGAAGCUGGCGGCGGAAAAGAAACUAACCGAAGCUAAGGAACGGGAGCAGCGGCGGCAGGAAAACGAAAGACUCAAGCAUCAGCUGAUGGUGCGCAAGCAUCAAGCGCAGCAGGCCAAAAAAGGGCCCGCAACAACGCCACCCGAUCCGUUACGGAUCGAGUCGAGCCCGAACGGGUUUGCGGAACGGAUCUGUGUGCUGAAAACAACACCGUCCUAUCGGCGCGCUGUUUCGCUGGACGAGAAGGAUCCGCUCUGCGUACAAUCGCGCCAUUCGAUGCCAUCGGAGCGGGAGAAGCCGGUGAAAGCGGGCACGAAGCAGGCGCCCGUUCGCAAAUCCCUUCCCGACCCAUUGCUUACGGACAUGAUGAAACGCUAUCCGGACGUGGUUAUAGAGCGAGCGAACCAGGGGCGCGAAUGUACCGGCAAUGUUAGCCGCAAGCGAGAAAAGCGGCCCGAACCGUUGGAUGAAACUUGCUCGAUUACGCGGAUAGCGAACGCGAAACGCUCGCCGAACGGUUCUUCUAGUCCUCAACUAGCGCCACAAAAUGGCAAACAAGAGUGUAGUGCACCGCCGUCUGCGUCUGCACCAAGCAGUAGUAGUAGUAACAGUGGUAGCAGCAGCAGUGUAAGAGAGGAAAGUCCCAAUUCCAUUAGGAAAGAGAAGCGGAAGAAGCCACCGACUGCUGCAACGCCCGUAAACGUAACACCGGUGCUGUACGAAGCGACGGUCAAAAAACCACCGCCAGAUUUGUUCGCAAAAAGCGUCGACUUUUUCACCAUUUACAAUCAAUUCGUAACGGCCGAACAGCCAAAGGGGCGAUCGAACGGUAAAGAUACCAACGCACCACCGGCAGAGCUUCGGGAUCGGUUGUUUAACAAAAAGGUGUGCCCGCUUAUGGUUAGCAGCUGCUCGCAGAUAGUACGGCAUACGGAUGCGCUCCAGCAGCAGCAACAGCAGCAGGAGCCUAACAAAGCGGAAGAUUUAACAGUUCCCAAACCUAGCCAGCCGGCUUCCGCUAAGCAAACGACUGUGAAUGCCACCGAUGCCACACCAGUAUUAGUAUCGGUAGAGAGCGACCUGCCCGCGGACAGUGCAGCGAGAACCGAAAGCAGGCAAAGCCCGACUGUACACACCAACGGAACAGUGGAGCGUACAAUUCUUAAAGUACCGACUGUAAAACCACCAUCGGCCAUAAAGCCUCUACUACCAGCACAGGAACACAUCCACCAGGAGGAACCUUCCUCGAAGGCUAGCAAUUUACUAUUCCUACUAAACGGUACGCAUGAUACCACCGGUGUUACUCUCCAUCAUCCCCUGAUGCCAUACAACGAUGCUGCACCCUUAACGCCCAUCAACGGUAGCGUUACUCCGAUAGCUCCGACCACCUUCCGUGCAAACGAACACCUGAUGCAACGGAAUAGUGGUAGCAGCAGUUAGGAAGAUACGCACGAAGCUAUCUUCCGUGCGAAGAUCAGCUUUGAUUCACAAUUUUACCAAAAAGUAAAUGUUUGUCUCCUUUUUUUAGCGGUUGUAUACCAUGAAUUCGAAUCGGAUUUUAAUAUGUAACACGUUCGGUUAUCGUCCGUUCUGUCCUAUCGAUUAGUUUGCCUAUCCUUAGCUAGGGAGAGGAUAUUGUGUAGCAUUUAAUUUUGUGAUUCAGACCCUUAAGUUAAGCGGCGGCAGUCGUCUAGGAUUGUUUCCAAAAGUUAAUUACUAGUGUCAUCGUCGUGGUCUCACUGCAACCGAAAGCUGUACGCGAACAACAUGGCUUCAGUUCAGUUCAGCAGCAGCAGCAGCAAAAAACACACACAAGAAAGGUUAUGAAAAUGUUUCAAAAUAGGCCGAACACUGUAGAAAGUAAGAUUAUUUACGUUACUGCUAACUGGUUUGCUAAUUAGAAGUUAAGUAUAAAAAUCACACAGCUAAAAAAUAUUCAUUUGAAUUACCAUUUUAAGCAACAAAGGUAGAUAAAUGAUUUCAACGGCAAAAGAAGUUUAACUAUU